AUGAACAAUAACGUCUCUCUCGUCGUCCACGAACGUGAAUUGACGCAGAUGGGACUCUCUGAAGGAAGAAAAGAAGUCCUUUUCGGCGACCUGGGUAAUCAUCAGCUUGGUCUCAGAUCCAUGCCCUUGGACUCCGUUAGAGUUCUGAUCAGCUUGGACAUGUUGAAAUUGGCAACUGUCAGGAAUCCCAGUGCAACCUCCUCCAUUGUUUUCGGAGCCUUGUCAUUUUCCGAGUUGAUCAAAUCGGUGAUCUCCUGGAACUUCUUUUUGGAAAUCUCAACGUCAAGAGACUCGUUGGCAUUAGGUCCAAAGAUCUUAGGGAACUGCUCGGGAACAAUUCUACCGGUCACAAGGUUUGCAUCGGUAACAGUCAAUGGGCCACCUUUACGAUAG